AUGGCGAGAGGCGGCACAUCGAACAACGACUCACAACACCCUACCAUGGAGGAGAUGAUGGCGCUGAUCAAUGGCUUGAGAGAGGAGAAUGCACGAUCCAGGGAAAGGGAAGAGGUUAUUCAGAGAGAAAAUGAGGAGAUCAAGAGGCAAGCGGAUGAGAUGCAGAAGCAUAGCAGUAGCAGUAGCAUCACCAUGUCCCUUGAAGAGUCGCUAAGAUCUCUGCCGCUGGAUUACCUGAACCUCCUCAUCAACGGCCAGGCCUUCAGCGACGUCACUUUCAGCGUGGAGGGACGUCUGGUUCACGCGCACCGCUGCAUACUGGCCGCGCGGAGCCUCUUCUUCAGGAAAUUCUUCUGUGGGCCGGACCCACCCUCUGGCCUGGACCCCACCGGCCCAAGGAUCAACUCGCGCUCCGGAGUCAUACCCGUCAACUCCGUCGGCUCCGAGGUCUUCCUCCUCAUGCUCCAGUUUCUCUACGGUGGCCUGGGGUGCGGGAGAACGGGGGGUGUGGGGUGCGGGAAGGAGGUGGGGAAGGUAUGUAAAUUUAGGAUUUUUUAUUUUUUUUUAAGGGUAAUUUAGAUAUUUUAUAUAUUUUUUUUUAGAAAGGGGGUGUGUUUAUAUGAGAGUGGAGGUGUGUUUAUCAUCUGCCUAAAUAAUAGUGUAUAUAAAUUGUCACUCUUAAAUUGUUAUUGUUUUCCUUUUUUAUUCACUGGUCGUGGGUCGGCCCAUUAGCAUGUGGAAUGGCCCGUUACCCGUGAACUAUGUAAGGUGGUUGCGAAGAUAAAAAAAAAGGUGGUUAAUAUUAUAUA